AAAAGACCGCCUGAGGUAGCAUGUUCUCGCGAGAGGUUCCUGAACAGCGUCUCAGUAAGCGAGAAAACAACGGCGACUGAAACAAACGCUAGCGUCAAAAAGACCGCCUCACGUAGCGUGUUCUCGCGAGAGGUCAGGGAUAAUUUCUGUGAGAACAGUGGCUGCUGAGACACUAGCGUCCAAAAAGACUGCCUGAUGUAGCAUGUUUCUCGCGAGAGUUCCGGAGCGAGAAAACAGCGGCGAUUGAGACACAGCUAGAGUCAAAAAGACCGCCUCAUGUAGCGUAUUCUCGCGAGAGUUCCGGAAGAGCUUCUGAAUCAUCAUGUCUGCAAAUGAAUUUAAGGUUCUAUCACAAGAUGAGCUCCGGAAAAGGCUGUACCAGACAUUUAAGAACCGAGGCGUCCUGGACACACUCAAGACACAUCUUCGAAACCAGCUCAUACAUGAAUUAAUGAGUCCAGUUUUAAGUGGGGAAAUUCAACCACAAGCUGUUUCUAAUGAGUGCAGUUCAUUGAUAAUUAGUGCUUCAAACAGUUUGGUGGCAGAUCACCUGCGUAGAUGUGGCUAUGAAUAUUCACUCUCUGUCUUCUAUCCAGAAACUGGCUUAGAAAAGGAUAAGGAACUUACAAUGGAAGAUCUGUUGCAGUUGAUCAGAAUCAAUCCAAAAACUGACCUUUAUAAAACACUGGUUUCUGCUUCAAAAAAGGAUAACACAAAAGGCUUUCUUAUACAGAUUUUAACAGAGCUGACAGAACAUAGCCUCAGUAAGGAGAAUUGUAGUAUAGGAACUCAGACAAGUCCAAUGCUUGGCAAAGAAUCUCUUGUAGAAAAACUUCAACUGAUUGAUAAACAAUUUGCAGACCUGUAUCCUCAGCGGCACAUUUCUGAAUCUUUUCAAGUAAAACUUGCUGAAUACAGAAAGGAAAUAGAGCAGCAGCUUCAAGCAGAAAUGUCUCAAAAGUUGGAGCACUUCAGAGAGGUUGAGAUAGCCAAAAUUAAAAUGGAUGAGAGAGCACGAUCACAGAAAGAAAUUUCCGAGCUUCGUAGAGAGUUUGAAAAAGCCCACCAGGCCAAGUCAGAGGCUUUAACCUCUCGAGAAAGAAACGCUAUUGAGAGACUUCAGAAACAGCAAGAGAUAGAUGCCAGAGAAAUUUAUCUGCAAAGGCAAAGUCUACUGAAAGAUAUUGAAACCAUAAGAACCCGAGAGGCAGAACUGAAGCAAAGAAUGGAAGCUUUUGAUUUAGCUCAAAAGCUUCAAGAAUCAAAAAAUAAAACUGUUGAAGAAGCACUUCAUCAUCGGGAGAUGGCUGUGAAGAAUAUUGAGGAGACUUAUGACCAGAAGCUCAAGAAUGAACUCCUCAAAUAUCAGCUUGAACUAAAAGAAGAAUACCUACUAAGAACUAAGAAGGUUACUGAAGAUGAAAGAAAACAUAAGGAAAAAGCAGUGCUUUUACAUGAAGAGACCAUUUCUCUUAAUUCAAAAAAGCAAGAAUUUCAACAAGCUGUAUCACGUGUGAAAGAGCUUGAGCUGGAACUAGAUUCAGUCAAAGCUGAAAUUUUAUUAUUAAGUAAGCAAAAUCAGUUGUUGACAGAAAAACUGAAAGGCUGCUCAGAUUAUCCAACACUAAAAGAGGAGAAAAUGGAGUUUCAAGUGCACAAUAAGCUACUUAAGCAACAGUUGGAGGAGGCACACAAUGAAAACCUGCAACUCAGAAACAAGUUCAGUCAGCCAUCAUCUGAAUAUGUGAUCCUUCACACAGAGUUAAAAAGAGUAGAGCAUGCUAGAAAACGUGAACAAGAGGAGUCUGAAACUCACAAGCAGCUUUUGGAAAAGCAGUUACAAAAUGAGGUGGAUCAUUGUUUACAGUUGAAGUCUCAGCUGUCAGAAUAUGAAAAUACUAUCAGGAAGCUAAAGGCACAAAUGGAAGACUUGAAGUUACAAGUGAAGCAAACACAGACAGUACUAGAAAAUGAAGUGUACAGGAAUCCUAAGCCAUCCUUAGUUGAUCGUUCCAUCAUUGAUUUGAUUGGUGAUAAGACUGUUCCUCAUGAUAUUUAUGUAGAUGGUGCUCUCCUGAAUAUGCAUCCUUUGGCUGAUAUUAUUAAAAUGGGAAAUGCUGUAACUCCCAGCCAUCACCAUCACAUCCAAAGAUCCAGUUCUUCACUGGAUUCUGAUUUAGAAUUUGUGGCUAACACCAAAGCUAGGAUAAAGGAAUUGGAGAGAGAAGCUGAGCAUUUAGAAGAAGCCUACAGAAACUAUCAGCACAGAGCCAUUCAAAACAUUGUUGGGCCAGGGAAGACCCCAUCCUCUUCACCUUUGCCAAAUGAUUUUACUGUGGUGUCUGGCCAAAGACGGGUUGCACAGGCUGAUCUGUACUCCCAGGACUUGGCAGUUCACUGUCAAAAAAGUAAAAGCUAUAACUGGACACCAAGAAAUGGAGACUGCCUGAAAGUUAAUUUGACCCCUCCACAAAAAAGAACUGUUGCUUCCAGGCGUUUGUCGUCUACUCCUGUUCCCAAAGCAAAGAGAAACAUUAGUACCAAACUGUUUCCUGAAGAUCCCAGUGGCUCAUCCCUUGCUGCUCCCCUUCAGAAUGCUGAUCAGCCUCUCUCCCCCAUUCCAAGAACAGGCAGCUGCUUAUCUCCUGAAUCUGUUUCUAAUAUUUCUGCUUCCUCUUCACCAGCCCCUGGGGAAAAAAAGUUAAGUGUUCAUCAUGAAAAAGUUGCAAAUCAGAAUUCUAAUGACUCUGCAAAUCCAGAGGAGCAUUUGUACAAAGACACUGGAAAUCAUGACGCUGCUAGUGAAGAUCAAGAGGACAUUCCAGAACAGCUGAAAAGCAGUGUGUCACAUCCAUCUGGGGACAUUGUUAGUGGAAACCAUGUCCCAGCCAGUGUGCCAGCAACAGGCAAUUUACAGCAGGACAGAAAUGGAGCCAAAACAAUACCCUCAGAGGAACAAAGGUAUCUUGAAGAACAGCAAGACGAAGCAGAGCAGAAAUGGGAAGAAUGGCGAGACCAGGAGGAAGUAAGGCACACAGAGAGGCAGGAAGCUUUUGAAAAAGAGCAAGAAGAGCUGGAAAAAAUGCAUAUUCAAGAAACAGUGGAAGCUAAUGAGAAAAACCCUUAUGAAGAGGUAACCAGUUUGGAAACCAGUAUACCAAAGUAUGAUCAGCAAGAAGGUGGCAAUAUUCCUAAUCCACUUGAAAAGUACAUGAAAAUAAUACAGCAAAAUCAAGAGCAAGAACUUGUACUCAAGAACUCUAAGAAUGAAGAAGCUGACGCACCAUCUGAGAGACUCCCAGAUAGUGACAGGGAGGACAGCUUUAGUGCAGCAGGCACUCUUCAUGAAGAACCUGAUGAGGAUUUCUGGUGAAUAUCAACUAGCAAUAGCUAUCUGAUUAGAUGAAAAAUGGACCCAUUAUGAAAGAGAAACCAAUGUGUAGAAGAGAUAGUGGUCUUUCAGAACACUUUGAAAUAUUUCAGUCUGAAGAGUAAUGAAGAAAUAGUGCACCUGACUGCAUCAUGAGAUGUUGGGAUAUAGUCUUCAGUUUUGUAACAGAUGCAAAGAGAGCUGUUUUGGGAGUAACAUUUCAACUUUAUCAGCUUAUUUCACCUGCUCUAUUAUAUAGAUGUGGGUGAAGAGAAAAUUGAAUCAGAUUGUUUUGUCCUUUUUUAAAAAAUGAACAUGUUUUAAUUGUGUGAUUUCUCAGUAUAAAUCCACCCAAAUGAUACUCUUUCAGAACCUGUUGAAGGCUUUACAGGUCAACAAAUAUUUAUUGCCAAUAGCUCUUGAAUGGUAGUGAAAUUCACAUUAAUUUGCUUCUUUAAGGGAAGUGUAUUUGAAGAGUCUUUAAAUGUUUGUUUAUUAACUCUAGUUCUAAAUAUUUUUUGUAGGAAUAACUGUAUUCAUUUUAAACAGUCAAGUGAUUUUUAAUUUUGUCCCCCAUAAUGAAAACUUUCUGUUAAAUUUAAUUGUAGUUAAACUGAUUAAUUCACAUUGAUUAUUAUUCUUAAGGAUGUUUAUAGGAAGAAGACAGUAUGUUUAAACUUGGAAAUGCCUUUCCAUAAAUGGAAAAUGACAACUUUUCACACUUCAACAAGAAAGGCAUUCUUGAAAGCUUCAGUUGUUGAUGAAACAGGGAAGAUUGACCAUGUAUUACUACUGGAAGAUUGUCUGAACUAAUUAAAAUUGAAUGAUUCAUA